CGGCCAGUGGUCUUUUUCUCCAGUGAACUCCUGCGGCGGAGGGCGCUUGAGGGAUUGCCCCCGAUCGUCUCCGAAGUUCUUCUUCCUCUUUGUGAGAUUUUGUAGUUCGGCGGUUGCGAAAUCUAUUUUGGUUCUGUUGUUUUGGAUUUACUUUGUAUCUGGAAUUUGUUAAAGCUUAGAGUUUUCUUGUCGCCGGCAAUGGAUCUCUCGGCCAAGAUUCAGGGCCUCGAUCUACGAUCGGGAUUCAUGGCUGGAUCCCCUCUGUUGGACGCCGGGAAGGCCCGAAUCUUGCCGCGGGUUUUCGCCGCCUCGGUUUCUCCUCCUCUCAGUCGCCGGCUGGGCGUUUCGUUUGUGAAAAGGACGGGAUCUGGUAAGGCUUUGGUCAGAAAAUUUGGCUUUUUCGUUCAAGCGUCGACCGAUGCCGCUGUUGUCGAGGCGGACGCGGCCGUCGAUCUUGAAUCCCUCUUCUCGAAUAGCUCCGUGGAAGACUCGUCGAAGAAGCAAGGGAAGAAGAAGACGAGUACUGGGGCGUCGAGCGUAUCUUCGGGGGUUAGAUUAGAGAAUAUUAGCAAAAGCUUUAAAGGCGUGACCUUGCUGAAGGAUGUAAGCUGGGAGGUUAAGAAAGGAGAGAAGGUAGGCCUUGUUGGAGUGAAUGGUGCUGGUAAAACCACCCAGCUCAGAAUAAUCGCCGGUUUGGAGGAGCCUGACUCGGGCAACGUGGUUAAGGCGAAGGAUAAUAUGAAGAUCGCGUUCUUGAGCCAGGAGUUCGAGGUUUGCCCUAGCAGGACAGUGAAAGAAGAGUUUCUGAACGCAUUCAAGGAAGAGAUGGAAGUUGCAGAGAGGUUGGAGAAGGUGCAGAAGGCGUUGGAGAACUCCGUAGAAGAUUUGGCCUUGAUGGGGAGGCUAUUGGAUGAGUUGGAUUUGCUCCAGAGAAGAGCUCAGGAUCUCGACCUUGAUGAGGUGGAUGUAAAAAUUAGUAAAUUGAUGCCCGAGCUUGGAUUUGCGCCAGAAGACUCUGAUCGAUUGGUAGCGUCUUUCAGCAGUGGAUGGCAGAUGAGAAUGUCUCUUGGGAAGAUUCUGCUUCAGGAUCCUGACUUACUCCUCCUUGAUGAGCCUACAAAUCACCUUGAUUUAGAUACAAUUGAGUGGCUAGAAGCUUAUCUAAACAAGCAAGAUGUGCCAAUGGUUAUUAUAUCCCAUGACAGAGCUUUCCUCGAUCAACUGUGUACAAAAAUUGUGGAAACUGAUAUGGGAAUUUCCAGAACAUUUGUAGGCAACUAUUCUGAGUAUGUAUUAGCAAAAGCAACAUGGGUAGAAGUUCAAAAUGCAGCAUGGGAAAAGCAACAGAAGGAGAUUGAACACACUAAGGACUUAAUCAAUAGGUUAGGAGCUGGUGUAAAUUCUGGUCGUGCAUCUAGUGAAGAAAAGAAAUUGGAAAGACUUAAAGAAGAAGGACAAGUUGAGAAACCUUUUCAGAGAAAGCAAUUAAAAAUUAAAUUCCCUGAGCGUGGAAGAAGUGGGAGGACGGUCUUAUCAAUCAAGAACCUAAAUUUUGGCUAUGAUGAUAAGGUUCUGUUUAAAAAGGCUAACCUUUUAGUUGAGAGAGGUGAGAAAAUAGUGAUUCUUGGUCCAAAUGGAUGUGGAAAGAGUACUUUGCUUAAACUAAUCAUGGGCCUUGAGAAGCCUCAGGAUGGUGAUGUGUUGGUUGGGGAGCAUAAUGUGUUGCCAAAUUAUUUUGAACAAAACCAGGCAGAAGCACUUGAUCUUGAUAAAACUGUGCUAGAGACAGUUGAAGAAGCUGCAGAGGAUUGGAGAAUUGAUGAUAUAAAGGGUCUGCUUGGUCGUUGUAACUUCAAAUCAGACAUGCUUGAUAGAAAAGUUUCUCUUUUAAGUGGUGGAGAAAAGGCAAGGCUUGCUUUCUGCAAAUUUUUGGUGAAACCAUCUACUUUGUUAGUUCUUGAUGAGCCAACCAAUCAUUUAGACAUACCUUCAAAAGAGAUGCUGGAGGAGGCUAUAUCUGAGUACCAAGGCACUGUCAUCACUGUUUCACAUGAUCGAUACUUCAUACGGCAGAUAGUCAAUAGAGUUGUGGAUGUGAAAGAUGGAAAUCUGCAAGAUUAUGCUGGCGAUUACAAUUAUUAUCUAGACAAGAAUCUCGAGGCCAGAAAAAGGGAACUGGAUCGCGAGGCUGAGCUCGAAGAAAAGGCUCCAAAGGUUAAAGCCAAAUCCAAGAUGUCAAAGGAAGAGAAACAAGCUCGAAAGAAGCAAAAAAUGUUGGCGUUUCAACAAGCAAAUGCAAAGUCUAAAGGAUUGAAGAAUGCAAAGCGUUGGAACUGACCAACAAAGGAAUGAAACAUGCACCAACUGACAGAGUGAUCAGUUAUGCAGACCACAGCAUCAAAACUCUAGUUGACAGAGUGCUUCCAAUGGUACACAAUAUACACUUGUAAAUAAGGCUCUUGUGCUCUACCUAAAGUUGCAAACUUACUCACUCGAUAAGCACCUACAACAAAGGGGAGUUUUCUGUUGUAUGGCACUUGGCAUCAAAUUGCUUGGGCUUCAUAAACAUGUGUUAGGCCUCAUGAAAUGAGACAUCGAAAUGUUGUUCAUUGCUAUGAUAAAAGCUUUAUCAUAUUAGCCAUUUUUGGCAUGAUGUUCUAUCA